AUGUUGAGGCAAUCACCUCGUAGAAAUCAGAGGAGUAGUGGGGUAAAGGUGAAGCAUGUGUUGCAAGUGUCUGUGCUCCUCGGGGUCUGCAUCUGGUUGGUGUUUUACCAGAUGCCUCACCCCAACGACGGCAGAUCCUUUUCUAACCAUGGGAUCAAACUCUCACAGAAGCUGCGCACUGCCAGUGAGAUCAAGUUGGGGAGAAAGGAUCUAAAGCCGAGGACAACAACACUAGUGGAAACUGAGGGCCCAGACGUCACCAAGAUAGAUGCUGAUGGCAAGGAAACAGAGAAAAAAGAUGUGGAGGAGGGGAAGAAAGAUGGCGAUGACAAGGAAACUGAGAAAAAAGACGGGGAGAAGAAGCAGGAUGACGGUGACAAGAAAACAGAGAAAAAAGAUGGUUAUGACAAGAAAACAAAGAAAAAAGAUGGCGAUGACAAGAAAAAAGAGAAGAAGCAGAAGCAAGAUGGUGGUGAGAAGAAAACAGAGAAAAAAGAUGGUGAUGACAAGAAAAUAAAGAAGAAAGAUGGUGAUGGCAAGGAAAAAGAGAAGAAAGAUGGUGGUGACAAGAAAAGAAAGAAGAAAGAUGGUGAUGAUGACAAGGAAAAAGAGAAGCAAGAUGGCGAUGACAAGGAAACGGAGAAAAAAGACGGUGAUGAGAAGAAAAGGAAGAAGAAGCAGAAGCAAGAAGGUGAUGACAAAGAAACAAAGAAAAAGAAGAAGAAAGAAGGCGAUGACAAGAAAAAAGAUGAAGAUUCAAAAAAGGACAAGGAUGAGGAAGCUAAAGUAAGCAAGGGCAAAGAUGCAAAGCCUGAGAAGAGCAAAAAGAAGAAAAGCAAGGAAGAAGAAAUUGCAGAUGAGAGGAGAAGAAAGAAGGGAAAGGGCCAGCAAAGGAUAAGAGGAACAAUCACUGAGGAUUUCGAUUCCUCACCAAGAACAACUGUAGGAGCUGACUCUCCAUCCUCAUCACCUGGAAAUCUCUGA